GAGCCCAGGGCGGCGCCUCUCUCGCAUUGGGAGGAGAGUCAAGGGGGCUGGCCACGACUGGCAGCUGGCUAGGAAAGCGGGGCCAAGGCGAGAGAUGGAGGCUUGCCCGGGUUCCUCCUCGGCCAGGACCCAGGAGGGGUGCCCCCUUCAAUCCCGGCGGCUGUGGAGGCUCAGCAACGUGGCCAUGGCCCUCUUCUUCGCUCUGGCCGGGGCUGUGCAGAUCAAUGACCCUGAUCCAGAAAUCUGGAUAGUUGCCUAUUCUGUACCUGCAGCUCUCACACUGGUUGUUGGCCUUAAUCCACCAAUUGCAGAUAAUGUUGUGUGGAGGACUCUUUCAGACCUACAUACAGCAGCCUGCAUUGUGGGAUCUGCCAUCUUAGGGUGGUCUUUGGUUGCUAAUGCUCAAAAGAACAUUUUGCAUGAGGAGGAAGGCAGGGAGUUAAUGGGUCUGAUGAUUGUUACAGUCUGGAUGAGCCUUUGCCGUAACUCAGCCAAGAAGUCUUUCGGUGGGAUACGUUUGGUCAUUGCAAUUUUUCUCUCCCUUUUCCCAUUUGCAAUGUGGCUCUACACUUACUUGAAUGCAGAAAUGCGAGAAUCCUGGCCAUCUCACUGCAAAACAGCUAUUUGAUAUUGUGGAAAAGAACCAUUACCCCUUUCUCUAGAGUUUCUUCUUCAGUGAUCCCAAAUCAGUAGGAACCACCAUUGUGACCAAGAUCAGUUAAUGGUAUCAGAGUCCAGUAAUCUGGAGACAGAAAAAUUCCAGGAAGUAAAAUUACUGUGUUAAAAUGAUACAGAUCAGGGUUGUGUUACCUGCAUCCCCUUGAUAAUGUGCAAGAGGCUGGACUGAGUGAAAACUGGAGUGCUGAGGAAAUAACAUGAGGCCAGAGAUGGCCUGAACCUCCUGAUGAAGCCAGUCGAACUAAACAUGGACAACAAGCAGCCUUAAUGGAACAAGCACAACUAUUACAACCACUUUGUUUACAGAAUGUACAGAAAACUGUUAAUUUGUAAAUAUGUCUCUGAGUAGUUUGUUGGUGUAAAUUCUCUUCAACCCAGAAGCUAUACUCCCCAGUGUGUCUGUCUACAUUGCAGUGUGCUGGUGAUUAAAAAAAACAGUUCUUAGGAUUUUACAGAAAGUCAAGCUGAACUUUUGCCUAAUAAAUGAGCAUCUGAACCAA